GGUCUAUUAUUGUUGCCUGGGCUAGCUUCACACUCCAGUGUUGAGUCUCGUUCCACUGGCAUUAUAUUUACAGUCGGAUCUCAUUUUCAAGUGAAAACAACUCAUGUUAUCAACCCAGCUUCCUUUCUUCUGCAAGUGACUUACGUCAGAGUCCUCCCCAGGAAUCGCCUCAUCUCCUGAACCCUCCUCUUCAUCAGAAGACUCUGCAGCAGGGAGGGAAAAAAAACACAAACGCCAUCAUUCCCAAGCCCAGCGACGUUCCCUGUGGAAAAACGGGAUCUGCCACACAAAAAAAACAAAACAAAACACAAAUGCAGAACAGAGAGAGCGUGUGAGAGACAGAGAGAGAGCGCGUGAGAGAGGAGAGAUUAUCCUCCUCCACAAGGCCCUCAUUCAGGUGCACUCAUUUGCAUGUGAAUGCCACAGGGAGAGGUGCACAUUUGCAUUUGAAUCCCCUCCGCGAACCAUUUGCAUUUGAGAGAAUGUACUUGAGCACAUCGUCUCAGCGGCUGCUGGCAGAACGCUGAGCGGAGGCUUCUGGAACACAAUCGCGCACAGUUCUGCUCCCUGCUCUUCCCUCACGGCGAGACCGGCGAUCGGCGACGGAGGAUCCGCGGCUGCCGCAGACGCGCGGGGACACGGCGAGGAGGAGGAGAGCGGGCGGGACGGACCGCGUACAUGAUCCUCUGCACGUGAGCGGGACACGGUGGGCGGGACGCUGCCCCCUACAGGCGCCAUGUCCAAGCGCAGGGCCUCGGUGGUCUUUGACCACUUCUACAUCCCCGACAACGGCGAGGAGGUGUGCAAAGCCCGCUGCAAGUACUGCCCGCUGGAGAUGAGCUUCAACAGGAAGGCCACGUCCAACCUGCUCAACCACAUGAAGAGGAAGCACGCCUCCAUCCCCCUGGACCCGAUCUCCAGCCUGACCAAGCAGUGGUCCCCCCUGCCCACCCUCAGCGUCCCCCAGCCCAAGAAGUGGCACAGCACGGACGCCAGCCAGACGCAGGCCGACCGGGCGCUGGUCAACCUGGUGGCGGGCGAGCAGCUGCCCGUGUCCAUCGUGGAGAGCCCGCUGUUCCUGGCGUUCAUGCGCGAGACGCAGCCCGCCUACAACGUGCCCAGCCGCGCCCACUUCGCCAACACGCUGGUGUGCCAGCAGUACCGCCUGCUCCACGGCCGGCUGGAGGCGCUGGUGAGGGCCGCCCAGAGCGUGUGCCUGACCGUGGACACCUGGGCGGGCGAGCGGGGCGGGGCCUACACGGCGGUGACGGGCCACCUGAUCGUGGACUUCGCCGUGCGCUCGGUGCUGUUCUCCUGCAGGCGCGUGCGCGGGCGGCAGACGGGCGAGGACAUCCUCAACUACUGCGAGAGCGUGCUGGCCGUCUACAACAUGCCCGGCAAGAUCGCCAUCGUCGUCAGCGACAACGCGCCGCGCGCCGCCGCCGCCCUGCCGGGGUUCCAGCCCCGCGAGGCCGCCAUCGCCGACGCCGCUGCCGAUGAGCCCGGGCCGGACGCUGGGGUGGGGGUGGGCGGGGUCAAGCAGGAGGCCCCCUGCGCCGCGGCGGAGGAGGGGGAGGGGGAGGAGGGCGGGGCCGCGGCCAGCUCCUGCGCGCCCCGCUACGUGUCCCAGCACGAGCCGUCCUUCGCCCACGCGCUCCAGCUGGUGGUGCGGGACGGGCUCCGGGCCACCCCGCAGCCCACCGCGGACGUGCUGGCGCGGGUGUCCGCCAUGGCGGCCCGCGCCCGCGACGCCGCGCCCGCGUCCGCCGCCGACCCGCUGGAGGAGCCGCCCAAGAGCGGCGGGCGCUGGAACGCCCAGCUCAAGCUCGCCAAGAGCGUGCUGGCCGACCAGGAGGACAAGCCGGGCCCCCCCGGGGGCCUGGCCCCCGCCGACAGGGCCGUCCUGGAGGACUUCCUCAACAUCCUGCGGCCCUUCGAGGAGAUCACGGACCGCGUGCAGGGCGAGCGGGUGGUGCCCGCCAGCCUGGUCAUCCCCUCCAUCCGGGGCAUCCGCAAGCACCUCGGCUCCCCGUCCGAGCACAACCACAAGCUGGUGGUGUCGCUGACCAUCGCCGCCGACCGCUGGCUAAUGUGCUACGAGGAGAAGACGUGCUACCUGCGCGCCACCAUGCUGGACCCGCGGCUCAAGCUGCGCUGGUGCGUGGGCGAGCGGGCGUCCCUUCUGAAGGACGACCUGCUGACCCUCGCCGCCGCCGCCACUGCCACUGUCACCGCCGUGGGCCCCCAGGGGCCGGACGCCGCCCCCCCCCGCCCCGGAGCCCCAGCCCCCGCCCAAAAAGAAGUGCCUGUUCCCCUUCUUCGAGGACGAGCCCCAGGACUACGCGCCCAGCCCACACGCCGAGGAGGUGGACGCCUACCUGCAGGAGCCCUGCAUCCCGUACCACCAGGACCCGCUGGUGUUCUGGAGGGGCAACCAGCAGCGCUUCCCCCGGCUCGCCCCCCUGGCCCUGCACUACCUGUGCAUCCCCGCCGCCCCGGUCCCGGCCCUGCACCCCGACAGCUCCCGGCUGUCCGACGUCGACUUCCAGAACCUCAUGUUCAUCAAGCUCAACAGCGGCCUGCUGUGACAGACCUCCGCGGCGUCCCGUUCAAAAAGAAAAAAAACCCUAACUACAAACCGAUACGAUCCCCAGCGCUCCUGUGAGACUCAAUAUAGCUCGAUAAAAGGUUUUACUGUAAACAAGUCCACAAGGUGGCUGUCUGCAGACUACGCCGUAUUCAGACACAAAAAAGGAGAGGAGGAAAAAAAAAACAGAAAAAAAAAAACAAGGGGCCUUUCAAGCGAACUCUGCUCGCUUGGUUGCCUGGUAACAUCAGCCUCAAUUACGUGCGUUGAAUCAGGAAGCUUGGAUUUGCAUACUGAAUUUGCAUUUCCAAAGUCUGACGCAUUUAUUUGCAUCGAGGCCUUUACACAGGUGCAUAAAAUUAGGAAAAUUUGCCGCGCGGACAUUUGAGCGGGCGACCCUGUUCAUGGCAGAAACAAGAUGGCAGGGCAGGAGAACUGCCGACUGUCGAUGCUGCGUUAGAGCUUAGCGUCCCCUUAGCUGCGGCAGGGCUGCUUCGUACACAGAAUACAAACACGGCAAAGCCACAGCAAUUUGAUAGCUCUCAUCUCAUUCCAGCAAAUAAUCCAAAUUGAUCCAAGUACCCAGCAGAACGGGCCAGGAACUGUGCUUGCAUUUGAAUGCUACAGCACUAAUACCGGGUAUCUACGCCCUAUGGAUCACGCCCUAUGGACAGUGGAUCACACAAAGGAGGUCAGAUGUUAGUAGGGGAAGAGCGUGUGACUUCUCCUGUCGUACGCAGAGAGAGGCGGUUCGCACAGUCGUGCGUGGGUAGUGAGUGGCUGCCCUUACCCUCCUCGUAGACAAGCUUGGCAGUGUGGUCCACGUCCGUGACUUUGUGGGCACUGUCACCUGCUGCCACCUGGUGGAGACGAAGGGAAGUGCACGUUCAGGCAGAGCAAAAGCCAAGGAAAAUGGCUGAACUGACUUUUGCUUAACUGCGUUUCAUUUCGCAAUGUUGGGUUUGAUCGGAACAGCAGACAGUGGAUCACACACAGUUUACACGUAGACUAAAUUAUAAGUACACACAAACAAUUCUGUAACUAAUUAACCUGCUAAUUACGUUUACUAGAAACCACAUUUUUAGGGAGGUAACAAAAUAACAUGCAUACACAUUUCUGAGCUGCACAGUUUACAUGAAUUAUGUCUGAGACCACUCACCUGUGUCAUCAGCAGGUACAGCUUGCCGUGCAGUCUGGUUAGCUUGUGCAGCAUCUUGACUCUCCCCUCGAUCAUGUGAUACAGCACCCCCAGCUGGGACACCAGGUCUGGCAGCUGAAACAGGAAAUGGAGUUGAUCGUACGCAUCGUCGGGAAGAGCAGGAGCACAGCUACUGCACGCGUGCAGACGGGCAGAUGGACAGGCCGAGCGUUGGGCUGAAUAAACUGCUGGGCAGCUGGAACUGGGCGUGGCCUGGCUCGUUACGGUCCACAGUGUCCAACGAGUCCCAUUAACGGGAAGGAUAUCGGCUAAGCAGGAUCUGUGACACAAAUCUGGAAAUUGGCAGUUACACAAGACGGAAGGGCCUCUGUGCUAGAGCACUGGUCUGAAGCAGCUCUGUAAACACAUUAAAAAAAAUAAAAGUAGAUCUUUUUAAGUU